CCAGAUCAAGUGGAUUGAAUUGAUUGCGGAAGCGACUUGUCUUGUCGAUUUUUUUUUUCCUUAUUUUCCUGUCUCAAUUAGUACAUAUCUUCAUUUUGACUUUUUUCUUCUUUUUUUCCUGUGCAUAUUUUUAUUAUCUCGCAAGUGGCAGGGAGAAUUUUAGAUCCCGUGCCGUCUCUAAAAGAAAUUGAAACGGGUCCUUGUUUGCAUGCCGAGUCCGGUCAUUACGAAAUUGCUAUUAUUCUCGAGCGUCACAGGGAGCGUUUCGGACCCGAUUCAUUCCUCAUCAAACCACCCAUCCAUCCAUCGAACCAUGCGGCUAUCAAGUACGCAACCACUAGGCGCGCUGCUCCUGGCGGCGGCCUCGUUUUCCAACUUUGCGAUUGCCGCCGCUGCCGAUGCGACGUCGACGACGGCCGCGGAGCCGUGCACGGCGACUUCGGCGAGCGGCUUCCACGAUCUGCGGCGUGACACCGCGGUCCAGCUGCCCGAGGGCGUCAAGAAGAACAAGAACGGCGCGCCAAACACCGACUACUUCGCCAGGGGCUGGGACUACCCCUCAAACUUCACCAUCAACAUCUGCGCGCCGGUUGUGGAGCCCGUCAAAAAGGUGGUUGGCAUUGACGAGGACAAUUGGAGGAACGUCAGCGCGUAUUACAUGUCUUCGGACGGGAAGGCUUAUUCGAUAGGGCAAGAAUCAUCGGCAUUGACAGUACGAGGUCGCAAAAUCUCAUUACAAUAUACAAACGGAUCCCCAUGCGGUGAGGAAACCAAGUCCAAGGACAAGCUCCGGAGGAGGAGCGGCGGCGGCGGCAGCGGCAGCAACUACGACAAGCGAGGGUCUGUACACUUGGGCGCAUCGCACAGCAGCUACGACGAUGAGUCUCGCGUCAGGGCGACGGAAAAAGACAAGGAGAAGGAGGCCAACAGGAAGAGGCGCAAGUCGGCCACCUUCUCCUUCAUCUGCGACCACGAGAUGAUGGGCGAAAAGGCCGUCGUGAGCUACAUCGGCAGCACGCCAGACGAGUGCGCCUACUUCUUCGAUGUCAGGUCCUCGCACGCCUGCGCCGGAGUCGAGCCGCACAAGCCGGGCAGCGUGGGCCCGGGCGGCGUCUUUGCCAUCAUCUUCUUCAUCGCCGUCGGCGUGUACGUGGGCGGAGGCGUGUUUUACCAGCGCACCGUGGCGCAUGCUCGGGGCUGGAGGCAGCUGCCAAAUUACAGCCUUUGGGCAGGAAUCUGGAGCUUUAUCUCGGACUUUUUCGUCAUUGCCACCUCUUCAUGUGCCCGCUGCAUUCCGGGCAGGCGAGGGUAUCGAACCCUCUCUUCGUCCCCGAGCGGAAGGGGUAGGAAUAGGGAAGACGAGAACAGGUUGAUUGAUCAACUUGACGAAGAAUGGGACGAUUAAAUUCCCUAUGUUGCUUCCUGUUAUUCUUCAGCAUGAUAUCAGCUCAGCAUGGCUUUUUUGCUUUUUCUUUCUUUUUUUUUUUCUUUUUUUU